AUGUCGAGCUCCCACUACCGAGCGCUGUCGGUCACCGGCCUCACCGACCCGCCCGCGUCGUUCUCGCGCUCGUCGACCGACGCCGGCCCCACCAGGCGACCUUCCGUCACCUACAGCAAGCGCGCGUCGACCCAGCACGCGGACCGCCCCGACGCCGGCCUCCUCCUCCACGACCCGUCCGCCCGCGCUCGCCUCGCCGGCGUCCCGCGCAACUACCGCCGCCUGCGCCUCGCCGCCUACCUCGGCUGGGCCCUCGCGGGCGUCCUCGUCGUCGCGCUCGCCGCGAGCCACGGCACGGUGCCGAGCGAGCUGAGGGACCUGCGCCCGCUCGCCGGCGUGCGGGACGCGGCGGCGAGGGUCGGCGCAGCGGCGGCAGGGAGGGCAGCACGGCCACCGACGGGAGCAGGAGCGCAGAGCGGGCAUGCGUCGGCGGCGGCGGCAGCGGCGGCGACGGCGAGCGGCGAGACGUCGCCCGUGACCAUCGUCUCGAGCUUCUACCGGGUCGACAGCGGCAAGAAGCACCGGGUCAGCGAGUACAACGAGUGGCUCGGCAACUUUCUCCAUUCCGUCGAGCUGCCGAUCGUCUUCUACUGCGCGCCGUCCUUUGCCGCCUACGUCAAGAACCUGCGAGGCAACAAGCCGAUCACGCUCAUCACCGAGUUCUCGAGCCCGUUCGACAUGCCGCCGGUGCAGGACCUCGGCGGGCACGACUGGGCCGUCCGGCAGCACAAGCUGGACCCGGAGCAGCACGUGCACGUCCCGGACGUGUACGGCGUGUGGACGGCCAAGCCCUGGAUCGUCAAGGACGCCGCCGCGCGCAACCCGUACGGCAGCGAGUACUUCUUCUGGGUCGACGCCGGCGGGUUCCGCGACUCGUCCGUCACGCACUCGUUCGUCGAGCUGCCGACCGUCCUGUCGGACCUGUACUCGACCCUGCCCGCCGACACGGUCAUGCUCGCCGCGACGCUCGGCCCGUUCGAGGGGGGCACGAGCUGGGUCAAGGACGUCAAGCGCAACGACGAGAUGGACCGCACGGACCGGCUCCAGGGUGGGUGGUUUGGCGGCAAGAAGGAGGCGGUCAACAUGUGGGAGCGCGAGACGAGGAAGGUGACGGUGCUGCAGAGCGCCAUGGGUCGAUUCGCCGCCAAGGAGCAGCCAGUCUGGACGAUGGCGGCACGGCUCAACUGGCACAAGAUUUACGUGCAGAACAUGGCGUACCGCUCCGGUCCCGACUGCGGGCCCGAUAUGUGGUUCGCGUUCGAGUACUUUGCCGACGGGCGCGACUGCGAGAUCCCGGCGUGGAGCGGACCCGAGUACGCGCGUCUCGAGGACGACGAGCGCAAGGCGGCACGGGCGGGGCAGCACAUGGAGGGGGGUCUUGUCGGCGGCGGCGACGAGGUUGGCUGGGAGGGCAUUGUCGGUCGCUGA